AUGGCUCUAGCGUUAGAAGACUACUUCUCCGUGCAAGCGUUCUUCAUUGUGCUUCGUGAGACCAUCGAGCUGGCGAUCAUCAUCUCGGUGCUUUUGGCGUUCGUCAACAAGAGUCUCCUGCAAGAUUCUAAGGACCAGACGCAAGACAAUCCUACCGAAGGGGAAAGUGAAAAUUGCUCUCAACAGAACGAAGCUGCUGCACCACCCAACGAGAAACUCAUUUCUGGUCUCAAAUGGCAGAUUUGGGUCGGCGGUCUUUGUGGCUUUAUUGGAUGUUUGAUCGUGGGUGCAGUUAUUCUUGUCGCUUUCUAUACCAUAGGGGCUGAUUUAUGGUCUGGCACUGAGCAUUACUGGGAGGCCACUUUUUCUGUGAUUGCUUCUAUGAUCAUUUCAGCCAUGGGUGUUCAGAUUCUUCGUGUUAAUAGAAUGCAGCAGAAAUGGCAUCACAAGUUGGGUUCCAUCAUUAACAAUAAUACCCAGUUCAUGGAGGCUGCAAAGAACACCGCAUCUUGGUCUGAGCGCAAUGCCAUGUUCAUCUUGCCUUUUGUCACCACUUUGCGUGAAGGUUUAGAGGCUAUCGUGUUUGUGGGAGGCAUUGGUAUUAACGAAAACACUACUGUCGCUUCCAUUGUCAACUCGGCCAUUUUGGCUAUGGUUAUCGGUACCAUCGUUGGUGUGGCCUUGUACAGAUCGGGAAACACCCUUUCUCUUCAGUGGUUCUUGAUCAUCUCGACCUGUUUCCUUUACCUUGUUGCUGCUGGCUUGUUCUCCAAAGGUAUUUGGCAAUUUGAACUCCAAAACUUUAUCGAUAAGUGUGGUGGUAUGGAUGUCAGUGAGACGGGCCAUGGUCCUGGCUCCUACGAUAUCGCCAACAGUGUCUGGCACGUCAACUGUUGCAAUGGUGAGAUGCCCGAGGAUGGUGUGCUUUGGAUGUUAUUUACGGCAAUUUUUGGCUGGACCAACUCUGCCACUUAUGGCAGUGUAAUUGGCUACAAUGUGUACUGGGUAGCCGUGAUCGCCAUGUUCUGGAGCUUGCUUUACGAGGAUAAGCACGGUAGAUUGCCAUUGGUGCCUAUCAAGUGGCAGGCUAAGAGAAUUAGAAAGAGACUUUACUUCACCUUGCCUCAGCAGCAGCAGCAUCGCCAGAGUCAAGAGCUGGUAAACUCAAGCACCCCAUUACAAGCAUAA